AUGAAGCACAUGCUUAUGAGCCAACAGAUUGGAUCAAUUGGCCAUGUGCAGCCACUUCAGAUUCAAGAUUGGUCACAACAAUUGACACAAGAAACUGAACCAGUACAUGAAGAAGAUGCAACUAACGAAGAAGAAGAAGAGGAAGCAGAAUCAUAUUCAGAACCACCUGAAGAGGCAAAGCUUUUUGUCGGUAACUUACCCUAUGAUUUUGACAGCGAGAAAUUGGCUAAUCUCUUCAAUUCUGUCGGAGUAGUAGAUAUCACCGAGGUUAUAUACAAUAGGGAUACAGAACAAAGUAGAGGAUUUGGGUUUGUGACAAUGAGCACAGUAGAAGAAGCUGACAAAGUCGUGGAGAAGUUCAAUGGCUAUGAUUUGAGUGGAAGGGCUCUUACUGUAAAUAAGGCUGCACCAAGAGGUUCACAACCAGAAAAACGAGUGGUGGGGACUUCUUUCAAGAUCUACGUGGGUAACCUACCAUGGCAGUUUUUUCAUGAAUCCAUUAAGAUUAAUUCAAUUUCUCAUAAGUUGAAUGCUUUACCAUACAUACAGUUGAAGUUCCAAGAUUUUGAUUUUUGUUCAAGUUCUUGUUUUCAUACAUUGCAACUACAACAAGACUACAACCCUUCAUUCAUGUCUAGUUUCUUGAAGUCUUGUGCAAGAUCUUGA